UUUUGAUAAGCUAUGUGAAAUUUCAAAGGGCAAUGGAGUUUUCAUCUUAUUUACAUUUAAUAUAAGUUGCUUUUUUUCGUCAUUAUGUUAAAAUUUUCAUAUUUAUAUGAAUUUCUGCAAAUAAUUAGAUUCUUUUUUUCGCAUCCUGAAGAUUGAAUUGGUUUUUUUCUCUUCCAAGAAUGAUAACCGACUCUCCUGUUUUAUUGGUGAAAGCUGUUCAUAAUUUUAAAGGCACUAAUAAUGAUGAGCUUUGUUUGACUAAAGGAGAUGUUAUCACUGUUACACAAGCUCUUGAUGGUGGUUGGUGGGAAGGAACGUUAAAUGGUGUGACAGGAUGGUUUCCUAGCAAUUAUGUAAAAGAAUUAAAAUCUGAUGCUGUAAAAGGUGGUGAAACUAAUGUCCAACCAUCUGAAGUGCCUUUGUUACCAAAUUUAAAUGAUAUGAAAAUGUAUCGUGGCAUAGUUUUUCAAGAUAUUGUUGAUACUGAAAACAAUCAUUUAAGUGAACUUCAAUUAUUAAUCUCAAAAUAUUUAAAUCCAUUAAAAUUAGCAGAUAUUUUGAAUGAAAUAGAAUAUUCGAACUUAGCAAAUAAUUUAGAGGAUGUAUAUGCUUGUAGCAGAGCUUUAUUAAAUAUGUUAGAAGAUAUCAAAGGCACUCCAUCUAAAGCUCAAAGAAUUGGUGGUGUGUUUAUUCAAAUUGCUCCUCUUGUGAAAAAAAUUCACUCACAAUAUUGUGCUAAUCAUCCAAAAACGGUUGCUGUGAUUGAAAAACAUAAAGAUAUUCUUCAAAAAUUCAUGGAAGAGCAUGGUGCAAAUCCUCCCGGAAUUUUAACAUUGACAACUGGUCUCAGUAGGCCGUUCAGAAGAUUAGAAAAAUAUCCAGCUCUUUUGCAAGAACUACAAAGGCAUACUCAAGAAAAUCACAUAGAUAGGGGUGAUACUCAAAGGGCAGCUUCUUUGUUUCGUGAUCUUGCGGCUACCUGUGCAAGUAUCAGGCGACAAAAGGAAAUGGAACUGGAAAUAAUGUCUGGAAAUAUUAGAGGCUGGGAGGGUGAAGCAAUUCAUACAUUAGGAAACAUUGUUCAUGUGGGACCAGUUACAGUAUUAACGGAGGACAAGCAAAAGCGGGAUCGACAUUUUGUCAUGUUUCCUGAGACUUUAGUUAUUUUAUCUAUUAGUACGAGGAUGAGUGCCUUUGUAUAUGAGGGAAAACUUCCUUUAUCAGGUAUUGUGAUACGAAAAUUGGAAUCAUCUGAAGAUUACCAACAUGCUUUUGAAGUGUCAGGGCAUAUGAUACAACGUUUUAUAGUUGUAUGUUCCACGCCAGAUGCUCUGAAUCAGUGGCUAAAUGUUUUGCAGAACUAUAAAGUAAAGUGUCUUAGUCCCUCUCCCAAUUCUUCAUUUGUAUCCUUAUCCCACCCAAGUCCAUCUCAUGCAGCUCAGUUGAAAGUUUCGCCAACUACAAAUAAUCCACUGCUAAGUCAGAGUUCCAGAAGUAUAUCACCUGAUGAUAAACCAAACAAUUCCAGCCGCAUAACUGCAGCUGCUCGUCAAGUAACAAAAAAGGUUUGGCCAAAUUGGAAUUUGAGACCCCAUCCACCUAUGAGAGCUAGCCUCACAACACAGAGUGAAGUCAAACUGAGAAGAAGCAAUAGCUGUAAAAAAGAAAGAGGGCAUGAAUCAGAAGGGGACAUACCAAUACAAUACUUAAUGGAAACCUUUGGAACUUAUGAUCGAGCUAGAAACACUACUUCUUCUGCAACAGCCAGUGCUCCUCCCAGAUUAAAUUUUGAAGAAGAUAAAGUUUUAAUUGAAGAUAUGGAUGGUGAUUGUACAGAAGUAAAAGAAAAGACUCUGGUUGACACAGUAUACAUGCUUCGUGAUCAAGUGCAGGAAUUGAAAUUGGAAAUAUCAUCUCUUCACAAGUCUUUGAAUGAUGAAAGGCAAGCUAGACAGAAGCUGGAAGUUUUAAUCAAAAAACACAUUCUUCCAAGUCAAGAAAACCACAUUGCAAUGAAUUUAGAAGGGUGAUUAAUGUAUUUUAAUUAAAAUCUUUUUAGAAUGCAAAAAUGCUCAGGGAUGUUAGGCAGUAGCAACUAUAUCAUGAAUCAACCUAUUAUCUGUGAUGUAGAAUUUAAUCUCUGUUAACUAUAUCAGUUGUUAAAAUAUUUUAAAAAAUAAAUAGAUACCUAUUUAUGUGACAUUGAAAAUAUAUAUUGAUCUUUAUAUGCGCUCAAAUUUUAAUCUUACUAUCUUUUAAAACUAUAUAAUUAUAAAAAUAUAGAAUGUGAUACAUUCUAACAAUGCUGUUAGUUAUUUCUAAUCUAACGUAAAAGCCAUUUAUGACUCGUUAUUGCACAUAAAGUUCAUGUUCUUAAGUACAGGUUAGUGAUAAAUAUAUUGUUGUUGUAUAGUUUUCAAAUUUAACUGAUAAUAUAUUGAAUUUUAAAACUUUUAACUGUGUUAAGUGAUUUGUUAUGAACUAUUGCAAAAAUACAUGUUGUAUUCUUACAUGUGUUAUCUUUAAAAAAAAAUUAUUGCUUUGCAAUAUUUUAAUUAAAAAAAAAAAUAGUGCAAUAAAUUUAGAGCAAAGAAUUGUCAAGAUUCUUUUUAAUGAACUUGUUGAAAUCAUUGCUUUAAGUAUGAAAAAGUCCAUCAAUCAUUAUAUAAUCAUUUAUCAUUAUUUAUCACCCUGAGUUCAUGGUAAAAAUGUAAAGUUUUAAAACUUUCCCAUAUGAAAUAUUUACAUUUUUAAGUUUUUUUUUUUUUUUUUUUUUGUUAUGAAUUGAAGAAUGAUGUAAGAUAUAAUCAUAAAUAUUUCUGUAUUUGUAUAAAGUUGCAUAACAUUAAUUGUAUAUUUAUGAAUUUCAUGCUGUGUUUUGUAAAAAGUAAAAACAUUAACAUUUCAUUAUUGUGUAAAUAUAAUUGUACCACUCAUGUUAUGUAAUUUAGAAUCGAAUACUUGUUCUUUUUUUAAAAAAUAUUUAAACUUAAAAGAGAUUUCAAAUUUAAUAAAGUCAUAUUUUAACCUCUUUUUAAAUUUGAUAGAAAUCUAUGUAAAAAAUUUUAAUGGCAUGUUCAUUGUUCAAUUCAAUCAUAGUACAAAAUUUCUUUCGAGUUUGUAUCCUUUGUUUAUUACUGCUUGUAAAUUAAAAUAAAUAAAUUAUAUUCUUUUGUC